AUGUCGGACCGGACAAUGGCGAGCGCCGACGACUUCGCAAUGAACGAAGAUGACAUGGAGUGCAUUGCGCGGCUACUGCCGAUGGAUGAUGUCAGUAGUGCGUACCCCCUCGUGGACCUCGUUGACGACGACUCGACUUCCACGUCGACGUCGCAGAGCUGUACACUGCGUGAAAUCAGGGUGGCUGCGCUGGUGUACCUGUUUCAAUGCUUUCGCCCGGGCGACGUCAUUGCUUCCCUUGGUGUAUUCGCCCCCUGUCACUCCGUGACGCACUCAGUAUAUCUCCGACGCAUCAAGACAUUCCCCGACUUGUGGGAUGCCAAGUCGAAAGUGUUUUCAUCCUUGAGCCACGCCUUGGUCAACGUCGAGUUUGACAUGGGGACCAACUCUGUCAGAGCACAGUACAAGUUUUACCCUUCACUGAACUCGACAUAG